AUGACAGUGAUGGAGACAAUAGGGAUGAAGAUGAUCCAGCCAAAGAAGAAGACCAAGAUCAAGAGAAAAUCACUCUUGAAAACAUUGUAUGUACUUCCUACAUUGGCCAACUAUGCUACUGUGGGUCUUGAUUGGACUGAUGCUUAUCAAGCAAAAGUAUUAGCCGGUUGCAAAAUCCACUCCACUAACCGGCCGUCAGUCAAGAUCAUUUCGGAAGCGCAAGCGCUUCAUGACACAUUCCAACAAGCACUGAAAAUGCUCAGUCUUGCCGGGAAAGUGAGCUAUCCCACCCUGAAGACCGCUCUGUUCUUGGGACCCAACCAACCUGCUCUCACAUCAUACUAUACCUACCAAACAUAUAGCAAGAAGAACACAAAAGACACACCUAGUAACCAUAUUGGUUCACUGAAUGCUACAUGCAAAUUUUACUGA